AUGGCUUCCUUGAUAGAGUCGUAUGAACACCAAUAUUCAAGUUUGACAGCUGAUAUCACCGUGAAGAUAGGAAAACUAUCGAAAACACAUGGGCUUGAAAAGCAGAAUGUAACACUUCAGGUAGAGCGUUUAUUUGAUGAAGCUGCAGAACUGCUUGAACAAAUGGAUUUGGAGGUUAGGGAGCAGGCACCCAAAGACAGGCAGAAGUAUCAAACUCGAUUAAAAAGUUACAAGACAGAGCUAGACAAACUACAGAAAGACUUUAAGCGAGCUCGCUUGGGACUAGACAGUCGUGAUGAACUGCUGGGAUUGGAGGAUAUACAAGAUUCCUCAGAUCAGAGGUCAAGGUUACUGGAUAACUCUGAGAAUCUGGAACGGUCAAGCAGAAGACUUGAUCAUGGGUAUAGAACUGUUGUGGAAACAGAAGAAAUUGGUGCCCAAAUAAUGGAAGAUUUACACUCACAACGACAGACAAUUCAGAGAUCCCGACAGAGGGUUGAAGAGAUGAAUUCAAAUUUAGGGAAAAGUUCUCGAGUUCUGUCAGGAAUGAUGAGAAGGAUUAUCCAAAACCGAGUAUUACUGGUGGGAAUGGGGGCCAUGAUUCUUGUGGUCAUAGCUUUAGGAAUCUAUUUUACCGUAAAAAAAUCACAAUCCUGAGGACUGAUCAAACUUCAUCUACACAUCUAUUGACUGGAUAUAUUAUACUACAUGUGCUGUGUAUCAGUGGCCUACAUUGCGUUGUUACCUUCUUGUUCUUCAUCAUUGUUCCAUUGUAAAGCGAAUCCUUCCUGCAUGUCACUACCAAAGCCAUUUCUGACGAGGCACAUUCUUUUGGUUAUUAAUGUGAUUGUUGUUGCUGAUGAAACAUAUCUAUGCUGACAGCAUCAGGGGGAUACAUGUGUUAUAAAAGUGUUAGUCGUGAAUUUAUUUUCACAGCUACCCAUGUCAUUUUCUUUACCAUGGUUUGAGGUUAAGUUGAGUAGUAGAUGUCAAGUGCAAUUGGGACCAAGAGAAAGUGUUUUUCAUCCACUGUCAGCCCUGCACAGGUUGUAACUUAACAGAAGUUUGACUGUUUUGUGUCACCUAGGCAUUCAAGGUGUGUUUUGCCUGUAGCUUGGCUGUUGUUUGCCUAUAUUUUUCUUGAUGAUUUGUUUGUUUUUGACCCUUGAAAAUGUGUCAUUGUGUCAUUCGGUUGAUUGAUGUACCUAUACUAUAAUGAGAAAUUGUGCGACUGAAACAUGUACAUAUAUAUACCCGCCUGAAUCUGACCCCAAUAAACCAAACUGAAUCUGACCCCAAUAAACCAAACUGUAAUUUGACAUAUCAACAGGCACUCUAAAUAUUAGCAUGGUGUCUCCUGUUGAGAAUGUUUUCCAUUGUAAAAUGGCUGAAAAUCUGCCAAUAUGAGGCCUCGCUUAUGCCAGUAGUAACACUGGACCUUAACUCUGGGUUCAAAAUUGAUCUUGCUUGAUUUUGUAAGUGUUAUUUCCAUAGACAUGUCAGAGGUAUAGAUCUCACAACACCAGGUGUAAUAAUAAAGUUACAAGAUAUAAAUUUUUGUGUAUAGUGAAUGAAGCACAAAUCGCCCUAUGUGGGCAGGUUUCUGUUGGACAAUAACAUUAUUAAACAGAAUCUCUGAAUGAAUGAUGAAGGUUUAGUGACAGAUAAGCUUUUGAUUUGUGUACAGUUAGAAAUCGGUUCCUAAAUAUAUCUGUUACAUGGGAUUUUGUGCAUAUAUGGAAUAAGCAAAUAUUGAUGAGAUCUAGAAAAAAAUGAUUUUAUCAUAUUAGUUGUCUAUCUUUUAUGUGAAGUGACAUGCAUUAUUGAAAAAUUGAUCACUGAUUGUUAUUGUAAACUGGAGCAUGGGGAUAAAUUACAUUGUCUGUCUAAUUACUCUUGUAUUUACGUGUAUUGAUAGGCAUCAUUCCAGAGUAAUUUUUCAGUUUUUGUUUUUCUCCCAUAAAGUAUGUGCUAAAUGUAAUGUGUAUUACAUGUGUAAUUUUACCACCAAGCUCUUUCUCCAUAAUCUUAUGCUAACUUAUUCUCGCUGUGUUUAAAUGUGUACACACAUGGUGUGAACAGAUGUUUGGUCACAUUCGGUUCAGUACAGGAUAGAUAUAAAUCAAGUGUGUGUUAUAGUAACUGGGGCCAAAUGUGUUUUAUAUGUUCUGUUCAGGAUAUAGAACAUCUGCUGGUAAGGAAAUGAAAGAGAGCAUGCAGACUGAUUUAUGUGUGUAUGGCUGCGUGUAUGUAUUAAUGCCAUAUGACUGGUCUGGAUACAGCAUUUACAGAAUAACAUUCUUACUUACGUUUUUAAGGAGGAAGAUCGGAUUUGAUUACACGAUUAUGUAGGGAAAUAUUUAUUGUACACUGUCACUUGAUAAGAUUAGUUGUGAACAAUAUUUUUGAAGUAAUGGAUAUAAUGGAAUAGAUGGAGGUUUCUUUUAGUAACAGUUCACACAUGUACGGCAGACAAGAUACAUGUGUGUAUGUGUGUUUGGAUUUAGUCCAGUUUUUAAAAUGCUUGGCGGCAUUAAAACAGAAUUGCCAGCUAUUUCUUCUAGUCAGCUGCUUGUGUUUGAGACCAUAAUCUUUUACUUCUCAAGAGUGUGUGCAUGCAGCCUUUGUUGCUGACGUCAGGUGCAUGAGAGAUUGUAGUGAAUAUCAAUGUGUGUCUGUUCAUGUCGAACGUUUUGAUUGGUCAUCUGAGUUGAAUUUUUCAAUAAAAUUAGAA